GGGGCGGGCGGCAUGGCGGCCUGGCGGGACGUGCUCCUCUCCCAGCUGGGCUCCGUCUGCCGCGGCGGCCGGGACUGGCGAGGGGGCGGCUGGCGGCACCCGCCCCGCGAUCGCUGCCCGGCGGCGGCGGAGGAGCGGCGGCCGCGGACCCCCCCGUGCCCAGCCCGCCGGGGCGGCCGCGAACCCGUGGCCCCACAGCCCCCCAAAUCUUGGAUCGAAGAGGUCUUCAGUAAAAGAGAAUGUGCACACGUCAUUCCCAAUUCAAAAGAUCCUCACAGGUGUCCUGCAGGAUGUCAGGUGUGCCAGAAUUUAAUCAGAUGUUGCUGUGGACGGCUGAUUGGAGAUCACCCAGGAGUGGACUGUAGCUGGCCUGUUUAUCAGGCUGCCCCACAAAGAGAUGAUGGAGAAUGGUCUGUGCAAAAACACACAAAGAUGAGUCCAACAGAUGCCUUUGGUACAAUCAAUUUUCAAGACGGAGAUCACACUUACCACGCCAAGUAUAUCAGGCUCUCUUACGAUAGCAGUUUGGAUCAGCUGUUGCACCUGAUGGUUAAAGAAUGGCAGAUGGAGUUGCCAAAGCUAGUGAUCUCUGUUCAUGGAGGCAUUCAAAAUUUCAAGCUUCCCUCAAAGGUCAAGCAGGUUUUCAGCAAAGGACUGGUGAAGGCUGCUGAGACUACAGGAGCAUGGAUAAUUACAGAAGGAAUCAACAGCGGAGUGUCCAGGCAUGUGGGCGAUGCGCUGAAAGGCCGUGCCUCACCACACCUGAGAAAGAUCUGUGCUGUUGGGAUUCCUCCAUGGGGUAUCAUUGAGAACCAGAGGGAUCUCAUUGGAAAAGAUGUAGUUUGCCUCUACCAGACUCUUGGUAAUCCACUCAGCAAGCUAAGUACCCUCAACAGCAUGCAUUCGCAUUUUCUAAUGGCAGAUGAUGGUACAGUAGGCAAAUAUGGGAAUGAAAUGGUGCUCAGGAGGAAUUUGGAGAAGUACAUAUCCCUUCAAAAAAUACACACAAGAAUGGGCCAAGGUGUACCCGUAGUUGGGUUGGUGGUGGAAGGAGGCCCCAAUGUGAUCCUAAUGGUGUGGGAGUACGUGAGGGCCAGCCCAGCUGUCCCUGUGGUGGUCUAUGAGGGCACUGGCAGAGCUGCAGAUAUCCUGGCUUUUACCCACAAACACACGGGUGAUACGGGGGAGCUGCGCCCUCAAGUGAAGGAGGAGGUGUUAUUGAUGAUUCAAAACACAUUUAGCUUGGGACAGAAACAGUCCAGUCAUCUAUUUCACAUUUUGAUGGAAUGCAUGGAGCACAGAGAGUCCAUAACCAUAUUUGAUGCGGAGUCAGAAGAUCAGCAGGACAUUGAUUUGGCAAUUCUGACUGCACUCUUGAAAGGUACAAAUAUGUCUGCUUCAGAUCAGCUAGAUUUGGCGUUGGCUUGGAACCAGCUAGAUAUCGCCAAGAAACACAUACUGGUUUAUGGACAACACUGGAAGGUUGGUGCCUUGGAACAGGCAAUGCUGGAUGCUUUGGUGAUGGACCGUGUGGAUUUUGUGAAGCUGUUAAUAGAGCAUGGAGUGAACGUGCACCGUUUUCUUACCAUUUCUCGUUUGGAAGAACUAUACAAUACAAAACAAGGACCAUCAAAUCUACUUUUGCAUCACCUAGUUCGAGAUGUGAAACAGAAUACCCUUUCCUUGGAUUACAAGAUAUCACUGAUUGAUAUUGGACUGGUGAUAGAGUACCUCCUUGGUGGAGCUUAUCGGAGCAGCUACACGAGGAAGCAUUUCCGAAUUCUCUACAAUGAUCUCUACAGAAAGCACAAGAGAGUGCUCUCCAGCUUUUCUCAGAGCCUGUCUCAUUCCCUUCAUCAGAGUAAUCAGGGGGGUAGCAGAAUGGGAUCUGCUGAAAGUACUUUGCAUUCUCAAUUCUUCAGAACAGCACAGCCUUACAAAUACAAGGAAAGAUCUACUGCUUUCCAUAAAUGUAAGAAGAAAUCAAAAGAGGAUAUAAACUUUGCAGAGUCAUCAGGCUUUAUCUACCCCUAUAACGACCUCCUGGUUUGGGCAGUAUUAAUGAAAAGACAGAAGAUGGCAAUGUUCUUCUGGCAGCAUGGAGAAGAAGCCAUGGUCAAAGCCGUUGUGGCUUGCAAACUCUACAGGGCGAUGGCACGGGAAGCUAAGCAGAGCAACAUGGUGGAUGACACUUCAGAAGAACUCAAGAAGUACUCAAAAGAAUUUGGGCAGCUUGCCUUAGAUGUCCUAGAGAAAGCAUUCAAACAAAAUGAGCAGAUGGCCAUGAAAUUGCUGACCUAUGAACUGAAAAACUGGAGCAACUCGACUUGCUUAAAACUAGCAGUGUCUGUGGGGCUGCGGCCUUUUGUAUCCCAUACUUGCACACAGAUGCUGCUGACUGAUAUGUGGAUGGGACGCCUCAAGAUGCGGAAGAACUCCUGGUUUAAGGUCAUUAUGAGUAUUCUCCUGCCUCCCACCAUCUUGAUGCUGGAGUUUAAAAGCAAAGCAGAAAUGUCUCAUGUGCCUCAGUCUCAAGACUGCCACCAGUUCACACGAAGGAUUAUGAUGUGGAGAAGUUUGCUCAGAAGUCUCACGAAAGCCAAGUAGACGGUGGACAAGGAAACCUGCCCAGCACUAGAAAAAUCUAUGAGUUCUACAACGCACCAAUUGUCAAGUUCUGGUUUCACACGAUGGCAUACAUGGCGUUUCUCAUGCUCUUCACUUACACUGUGUUGGUGAAAAUGGAACCAAGACCAAGUGUGCAAGAGUGGCUUGUUAUCAUUUAUAUUUUCAGCACGGCUAUUGAAAAAGUCAGGGAG